CCUGUCUUGCAUGGAAUAUGUUAUAUAAAUAUAGGAAUGCAUGAUAUAUGUUACAUAUAUAGGAAUGAUGCUUCUGUUCACAACGUACAGUACGUAUAUUAGAGACAUGGAGAGCUGAUGAUUCAUUCUGUACAUCUGCUUGGAUGCCAUGUGAUCUCUCUCACAGUCCUCAAGAAUAAACAGUGUUUAAAUCUCUAUAUUUUAAGAUAUUUGCAGUAACAGGUAUGGCUGUCUUGAUUCAUGCCCUUACAAUCCAUACAAGAUUACCUUCUUUAUAAUUCAGAUUCACUCCUCUUUAGUUCAGGUGUAAGUUGAGGCAGUGAGUCCAUUGAGUCUUGUCCAAAUUCAUUCAGUCAGAGUUACAGAUUUCAGGACAAUUAGCAUCUUUGUUGUGGUUGGUUUAUAAGGAAUUCUUUUUUUAAACACAAAUCACAAAACAACACCAAAUAACGAUGCUUGUUAGCCAUUUUAUUUACACUACUCAAGCUUUUUGUUUGUUUGUUCCUUUAGAGACCCGGCUCUGUUUCAAACGGCUGUGUGAAUUUUUCCAGCCUGGAUAUUAGCUCCGCCCCUGCCGAACAGAACGGCGUCUUAACAUCAGCUCUGCCGCUUUUCUGGAAAAAGCAACCCGCAAGGCAUAGCUACGAGGGGUGGGGUCGUUAGAGAGCUUGUGAGGAUUUUCAUUGUAAGUGCAGUUCACCUAGCAGACAGCAGAGGGAUCCACAAAUUACAAACCGCUCUUUUAAUGAGAAAGCCCUUUGGAGAGUGCUUAACUCUAGGGAGAGUGUGUUACUGGAGUGGAGGCUUCAGUAGUGCACACUCUGUCAGGGAUACUUGUCUCUGCUGUGUAUAUCUAUAGUACACGCCGGUGCUGGAGCGUGGAACAUGAGUUAAUUAUGGGUGCGUCGCUAAUGAGGUUUGCUGAAUAAGCUGUAGAGCGUAGCUGUGGUACUGACAACAGCAUUUCUUCCAAACAGCACUGUGUUCUCUAACAGUCAGUAUUUCACUGUCACGACCUUCAACGCUAUACUUUUUAUAGGUUUAUUGUUUAUCUAUUACAUGGAAGGGUCAUGUGAUCAAUCUCAUUAAAGGUACUAGAGGGAUAAUUAUCUACCUUAAAGGUAUACUACAUUCACAUUACUCACUGAACAUACAGAAGAUUUGAAGGAACCACCGCAGUGGCUAGAAAAGAGUUUAGUACUGCCUUAGUAUGUACUAUGAACUUCCAUUGUAGUCUGUGUGUGUGGCCAUGUUCACUGAGAAGAAUGUGGGCAUCAUACUUGUUGUUCAGAACAGUUUUUUUCUUAUCACCGCCCAUUGAUCAGUUUACACUGUAAUUUCAACAGGUAGCCUUUAGCUAUUUUGCCUCGCUCCAUAACUGUGGGAGUUCUUGUUGCUACUGUAAUUAGACAUGCGUCAGGGCUCUUAGUGUUGCUAAUGACUUUAUUGUCAAGGCAUUUGUCACCUACUGAUGUUUAUUGCGAUUGUGAUUCAGGAUUCAUACUUUAACUUGAAAUAGGCAUUUCAGCUUAGUGUGAUACACUCAAUGGCUCUUUUAGCUGUUAAAGGGUCAUCUACUGUAGGUAGGUUUACAUUUCUGCCAUUUGACAGACGCCCUUAUCCUGGGUUGUUGUUUGGAAGAUCAGAGUUCAAGCCACAGCACUGCCAAGCUGCCACCAUUGGGCCCUUGAGCAAAGCCCUCAACCCUCCCUGCUCCAGGGGCGCUGCAUCGUGACUGACCCUGUGUUGUGACCCCAACCCUGCAAGGAUGAGUUUAGGCGAAGAAAAUAUUUCACUGUGCAGUAAUGUAUAUGUGACAAAUAAAGGCUAAUGAACUAAAACAGCUAAACUAGAAAAGGCUAAUGAACAUCAAGUUGGACCAUUAUGUGAUGUGUCCAGAAAAGAUAUCAGAUGCUAGUGAAGAGUGAUGCUGAGGCCAUUUUCGCUUGAUGGAUAGAGUAGAGAGAGAGAUGACAAAUUCAUGGGUUACAGUCAGUAAUUGUAUGUACACAAGGUGACCUUUAUAUCAGGUUUACUACAGAUAUUUCAACAUACAACUGCGUGGCUGCUGCGGAGGUAGAGAUGAGCAUUUAUACUGUAUGAGCUCCUAUUAGCUGACCUUGCCACACCUUGACUUCUGAUGAAUUGAUAGUGGAACAUUUUCUCUCAGGAAUGUCUCAGGAAUCUUCUCUUAUCACUCUCUUGUUUAUUCUCACUGGCUCUUUUUUUUAUUUUAAUCGUCACUGCCUUUAUCACCAAUAUCCUUUACUUUCUCAGCCUUAAGUUGUCUAUCUGUGAUUCCUCCUCCCUCUCUCCUCCUUCCUGUUUCUCGUGAGUGGAGUCUGGGCUUGGUGCCAGCUGGUGUGUGUGUGUGUGUGUGCGUGUGUGUGUGUGUUUUUUUUUUUUUUUUGAAUGAAUACCUGAUGGAGUCGGUGGAGGGCAGUGAGGCGAGGCAUGGGAGGAGCUGAUUGAGUGAGUGAGUUAGAGAGCGUGAGUAUGUGUGUGUGUGUGUGUGUGUGUGUAAGAGAGACAGAAAGAGAGAGAGACUGAAAGAGAGAGAGAGAGAGAGGUGGGGGGGGAGUUAGGCCCUUGCAUAACACACACUGGUGUGCUACAUCCAGGCGGGCAGCAGGGAGCCGGCUCAGGGCUGCCUGUGUGUGACACUCAGGGCCUGGAUGGCUGAGCGUAUCCCUGCUGUACAAGUGAACACACACAACAUGGGGAGAGAAGAACGAGGGAAGAAGUAGGGCUGAAGAGUUACAGAAAGAAUUGUUUGCCUCUAUGGAUACUUUGAGAAAGGUGGAAGAGAAAUCCUAAGGUUUCUGCUGCAGUCUUGGAGGCUUGCUUUCAGAGAGAAAUGAUUCCGCAUGAAUCGUGGCAAGUGCUCUCUAACAGCAGGCAUGUGUUCUGUUGCUUUCAAUUGAGAUCAGUGUCCAUCCAGCCUUAAGCACAGAAAAAAAUCUCCUAUCACCUCCGGUCUUCUCUCCACCCCCACUACCCUCACAGCACCAGCCAACCAGCAGGUGGCACAAGCAGAGAAUAAGCGAGAGGUGUAGAGGGAAAGAGUGUUGAAAAAAGAUAUAACAGUAAGAAACCAUCAUAAAAAGAGGUACAGCAAAUACAUUCAUCAUGAAGUCCAACCAAGAACGAAGCAAUGAGUGUUUGCCCCCAAAGAAACGUGAAAUCCCAGCAAGUACCCUUCCCUCAGAGGAUAGACCCAUGGUCAUGGCGCCUGCCAGUGAGAGCCAGCGUGGAGGGAACCUUGCUUGGCUUGCCAGCAUGGCCAGCGGGCACGAGAGCAACAAGCAGCAUACCAGCAGCUCGUCAGAAGCCGAAGGCCCUCGGUCCAAAACAACAGUGUCCACUGUCGAGUCCAUUCGUGCUCCAACUGCAACAUCUACUAUUCCUGCUGUGUAUACUUCACCACUUUCUCAACAGGCGGGCACCCCCCCCUACUCCCCCAUGCCCCCCAACCUGCACUUUAUUAGGCCGACAUAUGCAGCACCCUAUUCUAGCUACAUUUCUCCCCUUGUGCCCCCUGUAGCCACCACCACGUCCUCCCAGAGACACACUGAAGCCUACUCUGGCACUACCAAUUCUCCAGCAUCCAAACCCGAUCCGGUAAUUUCCAGUUCAGACAGCAUACCUCAACCCCACCAGUUUGUUCAUAUUUCCAGCUCCCAGCUCAGUGUAGUGCCUUGUACUGCAUCCUCAUCCCAAAGCCAUCUUCCCCUUCACCUACAACAGACACUUGCUCUUAGUGGGCCCUCUCCGCUCCUGCUUCAGUACCCAGAUGGACACAUAGCCAAAAAGGAAGAUGGCAGACAUAGAGAGAUGCUAAACGGUGAGCCAGAAAGGGGCCGUCGCUUCAACCAGCCCUCAGAAUCCAAGGUCAGCAGCAUAGCCAAAGGGUCUUUAUCCACCCAGCAUCACCACAUCCACCAGCGAGACCACUACGAGACCCGGCACAUGACAAUUCCACCGGAGUAUGCACAGGAAAGCACCAAUUUGAGGAACUCGUUAGUUCUAAUUCCCAAUAGUCACAGCUCCAACAGUGGUGAUCCAGGGGGAAUUCUAGACAAGCUGCCUCCCCCUCUGGCCCCGGCUGAAAAAGGAGGCAUCUGCGCAGGCAAGCCAGUUUCCCGCACUCCUUCCAGCACCUCUAUUCCCUUUGCACCGCCCCCAUUACCUGUGGAUGGUCUAAAGGCAGCAGUUACCACACUAUCUCCUCACGCAGUUAUCCAUACCACACAUAGUGCAACCGAGUCUCUUGGCCUCACAUCCACCAACUUCUACCCUGCUCAUCAGCCCAUUAUUGGUUACAUUGCAGGUACAGGGCAGCCGCAGCCACUCAAUUACCACACCAGCCUGCCUCCACACCUGCUCAUCCCAGGAACUCAGCCUGUUAUUAUCCCUGUAAGUGGAGCAGAAGCUACUGCCACAACUACAGCACCAACUUUCGCUGCAGCACUGCCCCAUGCAUUUGUGACCUCAGCAGCCCCCAAAGGCGAGUCCUUUGAGACACCAGCCUCCUACCCCCACCCGACUGGUGCUGUGGUUCAGGCCCAACUGCACCUACCUAUUCUGCCAGCCUCUGCUAGUCUGCCAGCUACUCCACCUAUACCUUCCACACCUUCUUUACCACCCUACUUCACCAAGGGUUCCAUCAUUCAACUAGCUGGUGGUGAGCUGAAGCGUGUGGAGGAUCUGAAGACGGAGGACUUCAUUCAGAGUGCAGAAAUCAGCAGCGAAUUAAAGAUUGACUCUAGUACUGUUGAGCGCAUCGAGAGCAGCCAUACACCUAACUCUGCCAUUAUCCAGUUUGCAGUGGGAGAGCAUCGUUCACAGGUGAAUGUGGAGGUGCUGGUAGAGUACCCUUUCUUUGUGUUUGGUCAGGGCUGGUCAUCUUGCUGUCCAGACCGGACCACUCAGCUGCUGGAACUGCCAUGCGCCAGGCUAGCUGUGGGUGAUGUCUGCAUUUCCCUCACUCUCAAGAACUUGAAAAAUGGCUCUUUGAAAAAGGGCCAGGGGCAGAUUUCAGAUGCUACCAGUCUCGGGCCACCUCUUAAACCACCUUUUAAAACACCCUCAGGAGGGACACGCAGGGCAGCACGUCACAUGGAGCAGGAGAAUGGACUGGCACAGUGUGGCAAGGAAGGAGGAGUGAGCUCCCAGACAAGCAAAGAAAACGGAGAACUAGGUUUUGGAGAGAAAGGAGCCUGUAGAAUUCCACUAUCUUCAGAGUCGGAAUCUAUCAGUAAACCUACAGGCCGAAAGCGGAGAUGGUCAGCCCCAGAAGGUCGCAAAGUCGAGAAACCUGAAGAGGAACCACCGUCAACUCUUCCCAGGCCAUCAUUUAUCCCUCAGGAGGUUAAAAUCAGCAUUGAAGGCAGAUCGAAUAUUGGCAAAUGAAAGCCAUUUUGGACUCAUUUGUCGUUUUUGAAUUGAAUGGAAAAAUGACCCUCACAAUGUUCUUUUUUUUUUCCAGAAUAUUGCUUUUUAUAUCAUUUCAAAAUUGAUUUCUCUAAAUUUUUCUAUCCAGAUUACUGUACUGUAGGCUAAAUUAACUCAGCAUAUAUACGUAUCACCUUAUGAGUAGUGAUAAUUAUAAUUGAAUAGGUGCAUUGAAUAUAUACAGCCAAUUAGUGCAAUUUAUCUUGGUUGUGUAAAUUUGGGACAGUGAUAUUAAAGGUGGGUUUAUGUAGGACUUCUGAGCCCUCUGGGGUACAAAAUAUCUGACAUUCUCAGCCUGACAUCUUAAGGUCCUAUUAUGACAUUUAAGACAAUUUAAAGUCACCCUAAACUUUACAAAAUAUUUCAAUUUAAUAUUCUAAAAAAUAGUUUCAGUGCAUAGACUGGUGCCAUUUUUGAAAAACAGGGAUACAACUGAGGUGAGAAGCUAGUUUGAUUGUGUCAUACAAUAAAAGAGCCAAUCAUGUUCUAAUAUGCAAAUGAAGCCCAUGCAACAUUCAUUUACCAGGGAAAUUGGAUGGACCUGUGUAUAGUUAUGGUAUCUCCAAUUUGCAUAUUCACAGAAUCUGGAUAUUUUUGACGAGAGUUCUUCAAAGCAAGUUUUGGGUGACUUUAAAUGAUGCCUACUGAAACAGCACUAGAUGCUUGUGGUGCAUUAGUCCCAGCUCCAUCCAUGUGUGAGCUUGAAAAAGGAGGUCGGCAUGGUUGACAUUGCUCAGGGAGGCAAGACGGAAAUCACUCCUCCACUGGCUGCAGGAGUUUACAUAAUAUGUCAGCCAUCCUGCUCAAGCAGUCUCAUCUGAUGUUUAGACAUAGACGACAGACAAUCUGAAGUCCAUCACAAAUAAAACUGAAAGUUUAAGAUCUGGGGGUUCGUCAUAGAUUGCGGUACCUUUUCUGUGGAAAAGAAGAGCAACCGAAUGCUAAGGUACCUGCCGACUGAGAUCGAGAGAGAUCAAGUAAUGUCAUCAAGCAGCGCCAGUUGCUCCUAUAAAAGUUAAAAACUAUACUAAUAGAUCUGGAGAUAGUGGAGUUUGCUUUUAUAUAUUCACCUGUUGAACCAUUUUUUUUGGUCCCUUUGUUUUGUUUUGUAGUUUUGCUUAUUUUUUUUUCUGUUUCUCUCUCUCCCUCUUUUGUUUUUUUUUUAAUUAUUUGCAAUGAAUGUGUAAACAUUGCAAUCAGGGGUCACUUUCAGUCAUGUAGACACCGAAUGGGUUUUUGUUUAUGUAUACGUUUGAGGAUGGUUGACUUUUGAGCUAUAUGUUGAGCAAAAAAAAAAAAAAAGACAUUUGCUUACUAUUUUUAAGAGCUUAUUAUUUGAGAGAAAGUGAAAGAAAGUCGCCUGAGAAGGGAGGGACAGGUGAUUGAAGCACUUAACACACCUGUCACACUCAUCAGAUGAUAGAUAGUUUAAUCAAUGUAGUUAUUAUUAUUAUUAUUAUUAUUAUUAUUAUUAUUAUUAUUAAGUCUCAAAAUGAACACAGUACUGUACGGUAUGUUGUAUGUGAGUGACGGUGGAAUGUAGCACUCUGUGGAAAAGUCAGAUCACUCAGAUCCGGGGUCCUUGAUCCGUGAAAAAAAGAGUGAAUGGAUGUGAGAGGUGACAUGAGGUGGAACAGUAAGCAGAGCUACAGGAGAUAGCAUUUGUUCCCAGGAAGCACUUUUCUGUUUAGGUCUGUAGAGCUCUGCCUCCUCAGUAAACGGCGAGCUGAAGGCCUAGACAGCGACAGCCGCUCUUAUAAUUGUAGCGUAGGCAGAGCUGGUGCAACAACUGCCAUUUUAGUGAUUAAUAGUGAGAUGCUUGAGUGUGAUUUUAGAAGUCAUGAGAUUGUCCAAAUGAUGCCAUGAGGAGAGAGAAAGCGCAUGUGAAUGACUCUGGAUGCAGAAAUCUUCGUUGGGGUUCAAGGGUGUCCUAUACAUAUGUUUGUGGAAGUGCAUGCAUGUAUGUAUUUGUUUGCAUAAGUAUGCACACACACACAAACACACAUUCACUUCUCACUUAUUUUAAUGUGUUAUAUGUCUUUUUUGUACAUUAACGUGUAUAGAAAUGCAUAUACUGUAUCUUGCCCUGGUGCAAGCAGAUAGUGUGUGUGUGGGUAUGUGUGCAUACUGAGUAUGUGUGUGAGUGUCUGUGUCAUAUACUUGUAUGAAUGUUGUGUGUGUGUCUAUAUAUAUAUAUAUAUAUAUAUAUAUAUAUGUCUCUCUCUAUAUAUGUAUAUACACACACACAGAGACAUAU